GCAAACCAAACGAGUCCCUAAAAAAUUCACAUCACAUUCAUAACCUCAAAAGAGCGCACAUGUGUUUGAUCCUAAGAAUGUCCCAAAGAGAGUGAAUGUCUUUUAGAUAAUCUCUGUUUAACAUUAAAUUACAUCACAAACUACAGACAAAAUAUCGAUCACCCAAACAGUUAUUAAAUUUUAUAAAAGCCGAAUUCUACUUUCGCUUCGGCCUGUCUGGAUGGUCUCAUCAGUUCGGGAUUAGGGUUUCAAGUUUUGGUUGAAGAGAGCGUCUCGUAUCUUCUUGUUUUUUGCUUGAAAUUUCAAGAUUUGAUGUGGAUUUGAUUUAGUUAAAUUUGUGCAAUUUAUUUGUACAAAAUGUCGGGAAGUCCAGACUUUACUCGAAUUGACAUUUUUGAUCUAAAAGCUCUGAUUUUGAAGAAGAUAGGGCAGCAAAGAGGAGAAAGUUACUUUGAUCAGCUUAGCAAAUUUUUUAGGUUUAAGAUUAGCAAGUCUGAGUUUGACAAAUUUUGUAUUAGGACUAUUGGUAGGGAAAAUAUCCCUCUUCAUAAUAAGUUUAUUAAAUCGAUUGUCAGGAAUGCGUGUGUAGCCAAAGUUCUGCCACCCAAAGGCAUUAAGAAAGUAGGAAGCAGCCUUAAUGUUAAAACUCUAAGCGGAAGCCAUAGAAGCACCCUUCAGUCACUUUAUGGGGAUGCAUUUCCCCCAUCCCCUCGGAAGGGUAGGUCUAUGGUUAACCGGGAUCGAAAAUUGAGGGACCGUCCUAGUCCAUUGGGGCCUCUUGGAAAGCCCCAAAGUAUUAUUGCUGGCGAGGAAUCAGUUUCCAAGACACUAGAGCAGCAAAGUGCUACUGAAUUGCUUUCACUGGGUAGUAGACCUCCUGUUGAAGUUAUAUCUGUUGAAGAUGGAGAAGAGGUUGAGCAGGUAGCUGGGAGCCCAAGUGUUCAAAGUAGAAGUCCAGUUACUGCUCCUCUUGGACUUUGUAUGAAUUUUGGUGGAGUUCGCAAAUCACUUUCUAAUAUAUCUAUAUGUAGUGACUACCAUCCAGUGACAUGUCUGAACAGUGCUGAGCUACCUGAUACGAGAUCUUUAAAAAGUCGUUUGGAACGAAAGUUAGCGAUGGAGGGAAUUAGUGUUUCGGUGGACUGUGUUAACCUAUUAAACAAUGGGUUGGAUGUGUAUUUGAAGAGGCUGAUCGGCCCCUGCAUAGGUUUGGCUAGGCCAGGGUAUCAAAACGAGCACCUAAGACAGCAAAUUGGUCAACUCGUGCCCAGUAUCAAUUGUAUGAGGAACAUGAAAAGGCCGACCAGAUCCAAGUAUGCAUCUAUGUUGGACUUCCGAACUGCAAUGGAGUUGGAUCCCACAGUACUGGGAGAAGAUUGGUCCACCCAACUUGAGAGGAUUUGCUUCCAUGCUUCAGAAGAAUGAAGGAAACUUCUUCUGGAUACAGUUUAGAAAUUGAUAAGAUUCUUUUGAUACAAAUUGAUGAUUCAGUUUUUGAAUCAGCUCGUGAAUGUUGUUCACUAUCAACUACAGAGUUUUAAUAAGUUGAAAAAGCUGUCUGAAGUUUUGGAUCAGGUUGACAAAAUAUCAUCUGAAUGUCAGCAGUAUUGAGAAGAGGACAUGUUUAUAUGAUAAAUGUAUAAUUUUUAGACAGUACUGGAAAAGUCAGUGUUUAGGUGUUCAAAAUCGUUCUUCAAUUACAAUCAAAUUCCGAUUUUUCCCCUCUAAUGUACCAAAUUAGAAUGAAAGAAAGCAUUUUUUCAGUUGAUUUCACUAAA